UUUCCCCCCAUUUUCCCUUCCCUCUCACUCUAGAGGAGGGAUGGAGCUGGAAAGCUGAAGACUGCAGCUGGAGCCUGCAGAGUUCCGGCAAACUUCAGAAUCUAACCUCCUGUUGCACUCUGAAGCCCCUUUAACGACCCUCUCGUCAGAGGUCUGUCGCCCUGCAGAUCCUUGGGACCCAACAUCCAGCACAGCAUGAAACUCUGUGUUGUCCUUUGCCUUGCACUGUUUUGGUUGGAGCUCCAACAUGGCUCCUGCCAGCAAGCCAAGAGAAGAAAGGAUUCAGGUGAGAACCGCAUCAGACCAGGAGGGAAACGGGGGAAGAUGCGUCAUCCCAAACUAAAGGAAAGCGGUGGGAGAGGCCACAGCCUGCUGACACAGGUGCUGGAAAAGGGCCGUUUCCUGCGUUUGGGCCAGAGCACGAUUCUGGCCCCCAGGGAUAUCAUAGAGCUGCGCUGCAAAGGCAGCAACAUCGGGUGGUCUUACCCCUCCUACCUGGACACCUUCAACGACUCUCGGCUCAGCAUCAUACAGAGCGACAAGUACAGUCAGCUCAUCCUGACGUCGCCCUCAGCUGCCGACACCGGACAGUACAGCUGCUGGAUGAUCGUGUGUGAUGGUCGUGAGUGCCAAAAGGACCACGAACAUGUGUAUGCCUCCCACAUCUAUUUUGCAGACAAGGACAAUCUCUUUGUCCCGUCGGACAUUCACUUCCAGAUUGUAUACCUGCGCCCAGACAAGCCGGCCGUGGUGCCGUGUCGCGUGACCACUCCGCAGGCCACCGUGUCACUGCACAGAGAAGUACCGCCUGAGGAGAUCCCUGCCAAUGAGACCUUGGUGAAUUAUGACCCCGCCAAGGGUUUUGUCCUGCAGAAACCCGGCCACGAGUAUCAGGGGGUGUUCUACUGCAAGGCCGUGGCCAAAGGAACACCACAGAUCUCCAAUAAAUACCAGCUGCUCUAUGUAGAGGUCCCCAGUAGUCCACCAUUCGUGAGCCUGCAGGCUUCUUCUGAGGUGGUCAGCGGAGGCGACAACAUCAAUGUGACCUGCAGUGUGAUAGGGGAGCCGGACGCCGACGUAAAGUUCACCUGGUCUUAUCCCGGGCAGGGCCAGCGUCCUGUUCACAUCCAAACUUCAUGGAGGCUGGUCAAUCGAGGACGUGGUCAAACGACACGUAUCACACAAAGCGUUCUCAGUGUGGAAGACAUGGAGACCAUUGACUUCGGAAAAUAUAUCUGCAAAGCCAAGAACCAGCAUGGCGAGACGCUUGUGAUGACCAGUGUCAUGUCCAAAUAGCCUCUGUUAUGCUUAUGUUGCUUUAUUGAAAACACACUCGAUAAAGGUAAACCAUUGCGUAUUUUUUUUUUUUUUUUAAGAAUCACUAUUAAAACGUUACAAAGCUGAA